CCCGCGUUGAAUACAGUGUGGAAAACACAUGAGACAAGAGGAGACAUUUGUUGUGAAUUAUAAGUAGAGUUUUUAGAUAGCAGUGUUAUGUAGAAUAAAAAGCUGGUCACGAAUCUGGACAGCGUUAAUCAACAUUCAGUCUUAAUUAAUGUUUAUAAGGGAGCAAAUGAAAAGCAUUGAAAACAUUUCUUAGGAAGUUAAAUCCAGGAGAAAUGUCUCUGUUUCUUGUGAACAGGUAUCUUGGAGAGGAGGACGAUGGGAGCGUAUCGAAGGAGUCUCGGUCUGAGGCGCUGCUGGCUAAACUGAAGCAGAAGGCCAAAGAGAAGCAGAGACAAAGUUUCACAGAACAGAGAAGUGAACCUGAAGAACAGACACGACAAAAAGACGUCAAAAAGAAAAGAAAAGCUGACAAGGAGAGCAAUCGGGAGCCUGAACAGCAACUCAGAAAAAGGAAAUCAGAAGAAGUGCCUGUGUUUGUCUCGGAGUCUGAUAACCAGGACGAGCCUGUCGAAGAAAAACAGAAGAAGAAGAAGAAGAAAGAUGCAAACGAGAAACAGAAGAAAAAGAAGGAGCAGUCAGGCGAAGGUGUAGUGGACGUUACUGUAACAGAAAGAGAUGGACCGGAGGUCACUGGAGCAGAAAAAGAGGAGGCAGACACACAAAAAGAAACUGGAUUCAAAGUUUUGGGAGGAUUUGAGAACAAACCUGUUCAGAAGGUGCACAGAGUCCUCCCUCAGUGGCUCGCUCAGCCUGAUGUCAUUCACAGAGACAUUAAAAGUAACCUGGUCCCCAUCGCUGACGUCCCGGGACUUUCUGCUCAGCUGUUGAAGAAAAUACAAACUAAUGGAAUUCAGCACUUUUUCCCAGUGCAAGCAGAAGUUAUCCCGGCCAUCUUGGAGAGCGCACAGACAGGGUUUCUGAUUGGACGAGGAGGCUACAAACCCAGAGAUCUUUGUGUUUCUGCACCAACAGGCAGCGGCAAGACUCUGGCGUUUGUCAUACCUGUCAUACAGGUGCUGAUGGAGCGGGUGGUGUGUGAAGUCCGGGCUCUGGCUGUGUUGCCGACCAAAGAGUUGGCCCAGCAGGUUUGUAAAGUGUUCACGUCGUACGCUGAAGGAACCAGCCUGAAGGUGGUGAUGUUGGCCGGUCAAAAGACGUUUGCUGCAGAGCAGGCGUCACUGUCAGAACUCCGAGGCGGCACAAGACGAAGUUUAGCGGACAUCGUCGUGGCCACUCCAGGUCGACUGGUCGAUCACAUCAACAAGAAUUCAGGAUUUAACCUGGAACACCUCAGAUUUCUGAUCAUCGAUGAGGCCGACAGGAUGAUUGACAGCAUGCACCAGUCGUGGCUCAGUCAGGUGGUGAAGGCGGUGUUCAGAUCAGGAAGUGGAGCAGAAGCCUCAUCCAUCUUCAGACGGACCGAGCCGGCACACCUGACAGCAGCCAGUCUGUCUCCGCCUCAGAUGCCGCUGCAGAAGCUGCUGUUUUCGGCCACGCUCACACAGAACCCAGAGAAGCUACAGCAGCUCGGCCUCCAUCAGCCCCGACUCUUCAGCUCCAUCCACAGCCAGACCCCCUCCACACCGUCUGCCCCCAGCCAGAAGCAAGACCGCUUCGACUUCCCCCAGGGUCUGACGGAGUAUUAUGUUCCCUGUACGUUAAGCAAAAAGCCCCUCCUCAUCCUCCACUUCAUCCUGCGCAUGAAACUCUUCCCCAUCCUCUGCUUCACCAACUCCAGAGAGACUGCACACAGACUGUUCCUGCUGGUGCAGCUCUUUGGUGGAGUUCAGGCUGCUGAGUUUUCCUCCAGACUGUCUCCUGGUGAGAGGAAGAAGACGCUUAAGGAGUUUCAACAAGGAAAGAUCCAGCUGUUGAUCAGCACAGACGCAGCCGCCAGAGGCAUCGACAUCAACGGGGUCAAAUGUGUCGUGAACUAUGAUGCACCUCAGUACAUUAGGACCUACAUUCACAGAAUCGGGAGAACAGCUCGAGCUGGAAAAGUCGGCCUGGCCUUCACCUUUCUGCUCGGAGUUCAGGAGAAAAACUUCCUUCAGAUGGUCCAGGAAGCAGGAAGUCCUGGGAUUCAGAAGCAGAUUGUGAAACCAGAGAGCCUGAAGAGUAUGGAAGCCCGAUUUGAACAAACCCUGCAGGAACUCGCUGACGUUAUCAAGGACGAGAAAGCCAAAUAACAGAGUGACUCCGACAUUCUCCUGUGAGCUGACAUCCGGCACAGAUGUAUUUUUUAUGUUGUUUAAUUAAAAACAUCAAAAGUC